ACACUUAUAUGAAAGUGUACGCUACUAAAUGGCUUGCUCUCUCGGUCUGAAAAAGUGCUUAUCCGUAUGUGGUAAUCAUGAUGAAGAACUUCUGUUAUCUACUCUGUCAAGUGUUAAAGCGCAACUACAACAUGGCUUCAAGUACUAUUCUCAGGUUGGUAAUCUUGAUACUGUGUCUAAAGAGCAUGUGCGACGUCUUGUCAAAAGGAUGUCUGGAUUCUUGGAUCUGUCUGAAUCUCUAAGUCAUGAAAUUUUAGUUCAUUUCCUUGCUGUUGAAGAUAUUCCAGAUGACCAUAUAGAUGAGGUGCUUUCAGGUUGGUCAGCGAAUUGCCUUUUGGAAGACAUUCGACGGUUCUACUGGAAAGAUCGCAUAUGUCUAAUUAGACUUCUGAAGCUAUGCGUUUGCCAAUGGCACGAUUCUUGGUCGCUGAUUUCUGAUGUUCUUUUUGCAAUGACAUCAUACGAAAGCCGCAAGGAUUUAGUUGUUGAUGCUUUAAAUGAAUAUCUCAUUCAGCAUCAAAAUACAUACUCUUUAAUUGAAAGUUGUAGUCAUUCAUCUUCAGGUUUUAUUUCAAAUCGUAACACAGUUGGGGCUGAUGAAUCGAAUCAAUUUGGUGUGGUCGCUGCCCAAAAACUAAAGGAGUUGAUUGAACUGCUUGAACUUAUCUUUCUAGGCGUUCAUGGCCUUUGUCUUACUGGUGCGAUCAAUAAUUCUCCCGUUGUGUUUAAGAAAGUGUUGGAGACGUUCUGGUCUAUUUCCUUCGGAUCGCCUCUCAAAAAUCUUAGGACAAAUAAUUUGAUGGUGGACCAAAUUUGUUUCACACAGACACUUAUUCUUAUUCGAGCGGCGAAUUUGGACUCCAUAGUUUUGUUUUCGAAUCUGUCACUCGAUGACUUCGCAUUGCCCUACCGCAGGUUGAAAAAUUCCAAUGUUGCAUCUAAAUCAAAAUUGGCUCCAGAAAAUAACACUAGUUCAAAAGAUGAAGUACCCACUCACUUCUUAUAUGAUUCUAAUUUGCUAAAUCGACUGCUAGCUAGUUUAUCGAAUCUUGGGGAGUAUCAGGUGCACGGGCCAUUGUUGUUAUUCGGUGCAGUUUGUGCAACUGCUUUCACUCAUUCGUGGUCAGUUUCUCGUAACUCAUCGGAUCCGAGUCCUGACUCAACCUACGAACUUUCUGGUUACUCGAAGUCGCAAAAUUUUGAUGAGAAUAUAUCUGUUAUUUCUGAACACUGUGCUCAACUAUCGAUCCAGAACCUCGAUGUAUUUCGAUUUUUGGUUAGGAGAUUAGAUCGUAUUGAUUUCAGUCCACCCCAGGUCUCGCAUAUGGAUUGCAAUGUUUCUGUCCCAUAUAGUGAGUUUAAUGCUAGUCUCGUUAGCUUGGCUACUCAUAGCGCUAUAUUUGAUCUGGUUACGCUCCUAGCACGAGAUGUCACAUUAUGGUCGUUGGAUAGCAAUCCCCCUCCUACUUCACAGUUAUUUGAUUCUCUUGAUUAUCCAAACAGAGAUGGAUUUCUUACUUUGUUCUCACAAACUCUUCGAGUUGUUGUAACUAAUGCCCAUUUGGUUCGUUGUCCAAUGUCUAAGGGAAUUCCGGACACUUCAGAUGAUGUUCCAGGUUUUCCAGUGGAUAGUGGCCCGAGAAUUGGCUGUCGGAUUUUCGGACUUAUUGAAUCGCUUAUAGAAAGUUUUCCGUAUGAUCUAAGCGUACUUCGUAUCUAUACAAGUUUGCUUGUUCCUUCAAACACUACUAAAAUUAAGUCGGGAUCUAUCGACCUAGUUAAUCAUGUCAAAGAAUUCAUAAAUCGUGUUCCAUACCUCGCUGAACCACUGACUGAAUCAUUAUCAAAACACUUGUCUCCACGAAAUGCGUCAUUAUACCCACAGCUUACCAGUAAUAUCGAGAAGAAAUUAUACAUGCAGGUUGUUUUAAACAAACCACGAACGGUCAUGACUGUCAAUUCAAAAAUAACCUCAUCAUCUACCACUUUACGUGAGAGGAAUAAUAUCUUCUCAGGAGUUUACUUGGUAUCAGGGACACAAGGUUAUAUUGAUCAAGACUUAGGUCUUGUUGUAUGGCGUAUUGAAUAUUCUCUGUGGCACGUAAUUGGCAAUGAGAUUUAUUUAGCUGAAUUGGCACUUAACGAUUUUCAUAAAUCUAUUGCUUCAUCUAAGGAUAAAUAUGAAGCUUGUGUAAUAUUAAAUACUACGUCAUAUGAUUCCGAGUUACUUCAAACUCAAGCUGAGUUUUAUGCUCAAUUUUAUACUAGGUUAACACGAUUGUUGGAUCUCCUUGAGUUUAUAUCCGCUUGUUUCAAGUGUGAUUUGUAUAUUUCUCAAUGUUUAAUAUCAAUUGAAUAUAUUUGGAUGAUAAUUUUACGUUAUUUAAAUAUUAUACCAUCUGAUCAAGUCAGUUUAAUUGUUCAAUAUAUUACUAAUAACAUAUCAUCAUCGUCAUUCAUUAAAGUACAUCGAAAUUUUUAUGGAAAAAUUAAAUCUUCAAAUGAAAUAAUAACAAAUCGUAAUUCAAUUGAUGAAUUAAUUAUUCAUUCGUUAUUACCUAAUUUAUUGUGUUUAAUUGGACAAUCGUUAUUAAAUUUACCUACAUUAAAGUCAAAGCAGUUAAUUAUGGAAAAUAUUAAUCUAUUGACUAGUGUAUUAAAUAAUAGUCAUAGUAUUAUACCACGUAUGGUUAUCAAUCAGAAUAAUCAAAGCUCGCAACUAACAUUCGGACUUAAUUCUUGUUAUUUAAUUAACACUAUUCUUAAUUAUAAUUCAUCAGAACCAAUUAAUUUUUUAAAUUCUCACCAAGUAACAUCAUUACAUCAUCAUCAUUAUUAUUCAACAAAUGAAUAUCAAUUACUUAUUUCAUAUAUUAAUUUUAUAUCUGGAUUAUUUUUCUUUAUUCGAUGGGCAUAUUCUAAUUCAGGAUUUAUUAUUGAAAAUAUUCAUAUUGAUAUUAUACCAUUAUAUAUUGAAUGUUCUGAAUUAAUUCAUGGAUGUCUUGUAUUUAUUAUUCAAUAUCUUAUGAUAAUGUGUUCACAAGUAGAUUAUUGUAAUGAAAAUUUCAAUAAUAAUUCUAUUAAUAACGGAUUAAUUCAAAGAAAUCUUUUAUUAAAAGUAGAUUUUGAUCAACUAGCUAAUCUAGCCGAACAUUGUUUCAUGUUAUUAACCGAUGUAUUGACAACCCGUACAUCGGAACAAGAUAUACAAAUUUUGCGAAUGAUUUUAAAACAACUUAAACAAGAAUCAUCAUCAUCUUCAACAUCAUUGUUUCAUUUAUUUCCUAAAUUUAUAUCUGAAGAAAAUCAUUGGCCUAUAACUUACCAAUGUAUCACAUUACACUUAUUACUCAAUGAUACACGUUCAUUAAAUGCUUUGAUAGCGUUCUCAUCAAUUCAUCAAAGUAUUUUAUUAAGACAAACAGAAAUAAUUGAAUAUGGAUUCCCUAUGUCAAUUUACUUGAAUAAUUGUGAUAUUUCAAGGAAAACAAUUCUAGUGGAUAAUAGUAGUUCACCAACUGUAAGAGCUGUUUGGUUAUCACUUACAUUAGUUCAUCAUUUACUUAACUUGGAAAAUAAAUUAAUGAUUGAACCAGGCAAUUCAAAUUCAAUUACUCCUCCUCUAUUAACUAGUAUACAGUGCUAUUCUAAUUCAUUCACUGGGGACCAUUACAUCACCACUUUAUUCUCUUAUCUUCGGUAUUCGUUUAGUGUUGGAAUUUCUCGUUUGGUUGUUGCAUUAUUGAAGUGGAUAACACAGUAUUCAUCUGUUGAUAUUACAAAUUAUUUGGGCAGUGAGUCAAAUCAAAUACGUGCUUCUUGUCUGAAGAAAUUAGUGUCUACUACAGAAGAUCAAUUGGUACGUGUUGGAUUGUAUGAUUUAUUAUCAGAGACAGUAUUAAAUAGUGAAAAAUACGAACCUGUUUGUUCACGAUUGCCAGUUGGACUAUUACGUUUACUUUUAACAGAUGGAACUAUUAUAUGUUCAGAUAUGAAGUUGAAUAGAACGAUGGUUACUAAAUCCAAAGAAAUUUCAAAUUCUGACUGUCUGGAUUGUGUAAUAGAUACACUUAAAGAACUUCAGAUUAAAUCUUUCCAGAAACAGUUUGACGAUAAUGAUAAUACUAAUAAUAAUCAAUUAUCAACUGUGUUGUUUUGGAGUGUGACGAAAUUUAUCUCAUCUCUUUAUCUCUUAAAUAUUCAACCUUGCAUUGUAAAUUUAAAACAAAGGUGUGACUUUUGGAAAACUCUGACUGAUCCUUUUUUCAGUCUUUUAAGUUUACAAGAAUCCGAAAAGGAACCAUUAUCAGAUAUUGAAAAUGAACUCUGUGGAGAUGUUUUCAGUAUUUUAGCGUUAGAACUCUACAAUAAGACAAGCUAUACAACAAACGAUGAGAGUUUUAAAUCGUUUACAUCAGUUAUGGAUUAUUUUGUGAAGAAUAAUUUGUAUAAUUUAUGGUUUAAAUUAACUCGUAAAUGUUUACAUAAAAUAUUAUCGUACAGUGAAUCAGAAGAUGUAUCUAUAGAAUAUCUUCAAUCUCGGCUAACAUCUCUACACAAUGUAACAUGUCGUUGGAAAUGUUUAUUAUUAUUAAAUUACAAUAAUGGCAAUGUCGAUGAUAAUAAUUUUGAUAGUAAUGAUAAUAAUUCUAAUAGAAACCAAUUAAUGAAUUCAAGAAAGCAAUCAAAAGAUGAUUUUAUCACAAUACCUUUAUCGAUUUUGAAUGAUUUAAUUGAAUGUUUCAGUCUAUUGCGUGAUUUACCACCGAUUCAGUCAACUUUUGAUUUAGGAAAUCAAUUGGCUACAAUACUUAAUACAACUUUAGUGUAUUUAUAUAAAACUUAUAAUACGUCAAAGAAAAACACACCAAUCGAAGAAUUAUCAACAAAUGAUUUGGCUAAUUAUUUAACAAAAUUGAAUGAUCUCUUGUCAAGUUUCCAAGUGGCUAUAGAUUUCCAAGUUCAGCAUAUGCAUUCAGAUCUACUAGCCAGUACUUAUAUACUGUUCAGUUGGUAUGAUUCGAAAAGAUUAAAUGAAAAAACUACAGAUGAUCAGUUUGAAUUACUUCAAUCUUCUUUAUUCAAUAAUGCAAUUUGCUUUUUAAGCCUACUCACACGUAAUCCUAACAUAAGUAAAAUUGAAGAAUCUGCUAUUUUACAGUCGGUCAAUCUAAUCAUCUUCUUAUGGGAUCAUAAUCAAUCUACAACAUUAUUUACACGUCUCACAGAUACUGGUGUUUUGAAUAAUAUUUUCAUUUUAUUAACUGAAUGUACCAAAUUUAAAGAUGGUGCAACUCUCAGUCAUAGUUUAAUUAGUUUACUUGUGAAAUUAGUGAUCAAUUCAUCUCAACCAUUGCGUAAUAUAGCAACAUUAACCAGCACUUCCAAUGUGAAUAAAUUACCUCAUCCUACAAUAACAGAUUUAGACGAAUCAAUUGAUCAAUAUACUGAUGAGUCAGAGAAUAAUUUAUUAAAUAAACCGAAGAAUAUAAUUACUCAAUUAGUUCUAUCCUAUCAUGAAUAUAUAUCACAAGCGUUCUGUUGGCCUCAGUUAGAUACUUUACGUCAAUGGUUACAAGAUGGUGAAUCGUAUUCAAAUAUGCAAGCUAAUUCACUUGAUGAUAAUUGUUACAUGAAGCAAGCACAAUCUAUACAUUACGAUUGGAAUGCUGUACUUAUCUUGGAGAUGCAAUUUCUAUGCUUACUUCAUGAUAAUCUUGGAGGUAUGAAGCAUCCAUUAGUUUAUUCGCUAAUACAAAAUUUUUGUAUGGAUAAUGCUAGUCAAUUGGAAUUCUUUGUGAAUUAUUGGUGUUCAUCAUUAUAUAAUAAUAGUACAUCCAUUAAUGAUCAGCAUCUUAUGUCUCCAUUACCGAUUACUAGUGUAUUAAUUCAACAAGGUAUAUUGUCCACAGAUCGAAUUCAAUUAGCUGAAACUAUCUUAAAGUUAUAUUGGCGUAUUCUAGUCGCUGCUGAAUACAUCAGUACAUCAGGUCUACCUAUAAUAGCAUCAAAUAUCCUAUAUUCAAACCAUCCACGAAUUGCAAAUCUAAAUUCACGUAUACCAUGGCCAUCUUAUGGUCCUACUGUACAUUCGGAAUUCUUUAACACAGUAUUCAGUCUUAUUCAAUGCCAAAUACACUGUUGUUCAAUAUUGUUUCAACGUCAUGGUUUUAAAUCAUUUAAAAGUGUUCCAAUCUCAGGAUCACAUAUAACACCAACUAAGUCUGGAAUUACCGGUCAAUCAACAUCAAGUCCAUCAGGUACACUUACAUCUACGCUGCCUAAAACAACAUUAAUGAUGAGUAAAUCAAAUGAAGUAGUAACAAGUUCACAUUCUGUUAGCUCAGUAUCAAUGGAAUCAUCUGGUUCAGAGACUAGUGGAUUAGAAUUCCUUUAUCUUGUACGACAUCUUAUUAUGUCACUUAGUGUAUUAAUGGUUCAAUUGCCUAUCCUCGGCAAGGCAUCUUUAAUGACAUCUGAUGAAUUGAAAUACUUGAAAGUUUAUGUUCAUCUUACAUUUAAUAGUCCUAAUUUAAAUGACAAUUCAACUGUAAUAACAUUUGGUGUUCUAAUUACCUUAGCUAAUUCAUUAGGUAGUUUAUCUUCAAAAUUAGGUAAUGUAUGGAAAUCCUGUCAAUCUAGCGAAUCAGUAAUUGCACGAAAAAAACGAGAACUCUGGUUAGUGUUGGUUUACUGUUUGUUUUAUUUAUCGUGAUUCGACUAGUUCUUUCUUUUAUACAUCUCGUUUGUAUUUAUUCUUUCUGUCAUUAGGAAACGGAUCAUUUUGAAUCGAAAUUGUGAACCAGUCUAAGAUAGACCAUCACUGAAAACCUGAAUUCCCUGGACGGCCGUUUCGUCCUAGUAUCGAACUUCACAGCAGUACGCACUUCCUACAGGGGAACGAACACAAGACUUUCGGUUUCUCACACGAACGUCCUACCUCCGGACCACUAAUUCGAUAUUCAAUGAUGUUUUUGUCUAACUUCGAUCAGUUAACCACCGUGGAUGCGCAUUGCUGUGGUGUCCCAUUCUAGAACAAAAUGGCUCCCCAAUGAUUCCGAGUUUACCAUGGUGGUCUGACUUAGAUGUUUUUAUGAUUUCAAUGAAAUCCAGCAAUCUCCACAACCCCAUACUAAAAAUUAUUUCGCAUCAAAACUUAACACUUCCUUUGCUAUAGGAAGAUUUUAUUUGUUUUUAUAUUUGAACGUUAUUGGAAUUAGUAAUUUUUUUCGUAGAAGCAUCAUAUCCUUAUUAGUGUUUAAAUUUGCAUUAAAUCGCGGAUCGUUUGACUAUCCACAUCCCUUUCAAUGAUGGUCACUUCUUCAACAUCAAAUUCUUGCUACGUCACCUAUAAAUAGCGGUACUCAUAUUUUAGUAAUUUAAAUCGUAUCUUCAAACUUCAUGCCCACGGACUUGUGCUUGUAUAACAAAUCACUAUCACAUGCUGAUACAUUUGGACGUGAAUUUGAUUACUGAGCUGCUCUAAACACGUUUUUACUUUGCUAAAAUAUAAGACAUUUUUAUGAAGUUAAUAUACGCGUUAGAUUCCUGGAGGUGGUUGACAAGACACCAUUUACCUAUGCUUCAUACUAGUUGGCACUAGUCAACAAGGCGUACCUGUAAUAUUGAGGGACGUGAUGCUAUUUGGGUAUUUCACUUGGAUCAUUUGAUUUGUUAUUUUAACUCCGUUAAUUUAUAGUUUGUAGUUGAUGUUCAUAUAGCAUAUCACUUGGCUUGUUUCAAUCAAAGUGAUUGAUAAUGCAAAAGAUAAAAAUACUGAAUACUAUGUAGAAAGAAGAUGUGAAAGAGGAGAUAAAAAUUCAAAAUAAUAUUGAAGCUCAAAACUUUUGGGGAUGAUAAAAUGGAAGAGAUUCAGUGCAUUGUAGCUGAUUUUCAAACAUAUUACGCAAUGUUUUUUUAAUAGGUUGUGAUUAGUUCCUAUAUCGUAGGAAGUUUUGUUCUAAACACCUACAUGUAAGAAUAUUAAAGUACCUAUCUAACAUGUUUCAAAUAUUGGCAAUAUUUUUUUCACAAACUAACUACUUUCCAUAGUGGACUUCUUAUGGUGCUUAAUUUUACGUUAGUUAUUAUUUAGUUGUUCUAUUUGACCAGUAUUAAACUCUGUUUUCCUAUUUAAACAUAAAGCUUGAUUCUAAAUUAUUGUAUUUUUCUUAUUCUCUUUCUGAGUAUUAUGUAAUCUGGAAACCGUUGAAUUGCAUGUUUUCAAUAUUUACAAAUGAUUAUCUCAUGAAUUUUCUCUCAAUUACUUAUUUAAUCACUUGUAAAAUCAUAAUAUUAUGAAUUAUUAAUGAUAGACUAGCAUCAUAUAUAUUUGCAGUAAUGUGGAACUAUGAUGAAAAUUUUCAAUGAUAAGAGAUAUUCCAUUUUUAUAUUCGUCUUUUUUGUCUAGUUGUUUGGUUCAACGUGCUUAUGAAAUGGUUCU